CGUUUCUUUCAGAUACCAUGCAAAACGGGGAAUUAAACGGAAGUGGAGAGUAUAAAGAUAAACAGGGUGGGGGUGCUGGGCUGCCCUUGACAAAAGUUGAGAACAACGAAGGAAAGAAAGUUUUGACGAACGGUAUGAGUAGAGUCCACCGGAUUCUAUCCGAAGAUGAAAUCAGUCAGGGCAAAACUACGCGAUGGACUGAGCUUGAAAUCCAUGGGCGGGUAAAGAACCUUUCAAAUGCAUUAUGGCAAGUGAGCCACUUAUCAGCGCUAUUCCUAAACGGAAAUCAACUUACCCGCGUCCCCCCAGAGAUAUCUCAGUUAACGAACUUGACAAUGUUGGAUCUGUCUCACAACAAAUUAAGAAGUCUACCGGCUGAAUUAGGUGACAUGAUAUCCUUAUGUCAUCUGUACCUCAAUCACAAUCAACUCCGUGUGCUUCCAUAUGAACUUGGAAAACUGUUUCGGAUACAAACCUUAGGUCUCCAAGGGAAUCCUUUGUCUCCGGAAAUAAACAAGAUCUAUCACGAAAGCAACGGAUCACAUAAAUUAUUGCACUUCCUUCACGAUCAUUUAGCAAUCAACACUGCCCCUCCACCUGAGCGGGAAUGGGUGAUGAUUCGACACGCCGAUCCUGACCGACCUAUAGCCACAUUCACCGUCUUAUGCUAUAAUGUCCUCUGCGACAAGUACGCUACGGUCAACCAAUAUUCCUAUUGUCCCUCUUGGGCGCUGAACUGGGAGUAUCGGAAGAUGUCCAUAAUGAAAGAAAUUCGAAAUUAUGAAGCUGAUAUAAUCACAUUGCAGGAGGUAGAAACUGAGCAAUUUCGCUUACUAUUCCAACCGGAGCUGAAGUCGCUCGGUUAUACCGGUAUCUUUUCGCCAAAAUCUCGCGCGAAAACGAUGAAUGAGGAGGAUCGGAAAUACGUGGAUGGAUGUGCCAUUUUUUGGAAAUCGGAGAAAUUUGAAAUGGAACGGGAACAUCUGAUAGAAUUCACUCAAGUAGUCGUCAAGAAAGCAUCAACGUCAGAACACAUGCUCAACAGGGUUAUGCCCAGAGACAACAUCGCCUUAUGUGCUGUAUUGCGCAUCAAGGAAAACGUUUAUAACAAUCGACGAAUGACGAUGGCUGCAGCCGAUAACGUAGUGGGUUCACCUCUCGUUGUUUGUACUGCACAUAUUCACUGGGAUCCUGAAUUAUGUGAUGUCAAAUUGGUUCAAACAUUGAUGCUUGCCCACGAACUCUAUAGGCUUCUUGAAGAGGUGGCUGAACAAUUUCGGAUAACACCACAACAAACACCCGUUCUUAUAUGUGGUGAUUUCAACUCGCUGCCAGACUCAGGAGUGUUCGAAUUCCUUUCGCGUGGCCAAAUACCGAGAUCACAUCCGGAGUGGAAGGGAUUUCGUGAAGAUAGCUGCCUAGAACGAUUUUCUGCAUCAACUCGUGAUCCGGCUAUCUAUACUCACUCGCUGCGGCUGGACUCUGCAGUAGAAGUUUGCAAUAUACCAUUCACGAACUAUACGUUGGACUUCAAAGGAAUGAUCGACUAUAUAUUUUCUACGCCGCAGUCAUUAGCAAGACUGGGUUUUCUCGGCGCUUUUGACUCAAAUUGGGUUGCACAGAAUAAGAUCAUUGGAUUUCCACAUCCACAUGUGCCAUCUGAUCACAUUCCCAUUAUGGCCCAAUACGCCGUGAUACCGACGAGUCACCAACGCGCACCGCCACCGCCGCACGCCUUGAACAACUAUCCUCGAUAGGACUAGGAGCGAGGACGUCGUCACAGUCGUCCGAAUCGUUCGCUGAGUGUCCCUCACUCUUUGCCGGGUGUUGGUAGUUUUGGUAGAUGAUGUCAGGGUGGUGCAUUAUAUUCUCUCUCUGUUCGUAUAUGCGUAUGCGUGUAUGCGCGUUUUCGCGUUCCAGUCUCCUCAAAGUUGUGUCAGUUAGCAGAUUAGCUAGAAUUAUUUCCAAGUGUGAUCGAUAAUCCUCCUUUCAGAGCGUUCAAGCAUCUAGUUUCGCAUGACUGUGUGUACAUGUUUCUUGUCUCCAUGAUUGCAUCAUAUUUGUAGCGGAUCGUGUCCGUAAGUGUGCGUGCGUAGUGCUUGUGUGUGUGUUUGCAGUCUCCAUCGUUCGUCUCGCAGAAUCUCUGUUUUAGCUUAAUUUAUCCUGUGAUCAUGCGUCGGUUGAUGCAGCAUUGACCUAGGCCGGAUCUCAGUCCAAGUGCUGUACAGGCUGCAUCGUGCAUGCGUCGCGUUAAAUUUUUUGCUUUCUUCGUUUUCGUUCGUACGUUGUACAUUAUACCACAACCAUUUGUCUGCGUUUCGUCGUCUAAUUGAUUGUUUUUUGCGAUAUGUCUUCAACUUGUACUUGUCAUUGGCGGUUAUGGGUAACACCGCAGCACCUCUAUCUUUGUACUACUUCGCUCCCUUUGCACUCGCCCCAUACGGUAUUCGGUCCCGCCCCCAGCCCCGCCCCUAAUUUGACUCUAGUUGUCCGUCCGUCCGUCCGCGUAACCUGGGUGUUCUGUUCUCACUUGCAUUUUGUCCGGAUCAGGCAGCGCCCACAGCAGCCUCUCCUUUCGCCCCCCGUUAUCUCCGCAUACACCCCACCUCGGUCCCAGCUGUCUCGCGUACAAUCCCGUCACUCGUAAAUUAUUUGCCCAAUUACCAUAUUUCGAUGCGAUUGAUUGAUUUUCAAAUAUUUUGUUUCUUUACCUUUCUUCUAAAAAAGAUUGAGACUCAUAUCCCGCCAAGCAGAGGUUAAUAUUUGAUAUGUUACAGCCUCCUUCUAUUUCGAAAUUGUGGUUACGGUCACUCUUGUUUGAUUUCAAUUCAAUUCCCAUGUUUUCUCUUAUGCGCCGUUAUGCAAAACGGUCAUAGAUGAAAAGUAAAAAUUUGAGUUA